CCUAGCGAGAACAUCCAAAAUGAAAGCCUUCACUCACCUCGCUCUUCUUGCCCUUCUUUUUCAAGCCUUAGCCAUGGGCCAAGACAAUGCAACCUCAAGUGCCUCUUCAACCACAGAUGUUAAUACUACUACCGUCACAAGUACACCUACUUCAGCUACAUCUACUGCAACUCCUACCACCACAAGUCCACCUGCCACAGACACUACAGCCCCUCUUGGCACAAACACAUCUACUGCCGCAAACGCUACGGCCCCUCCCGGCCGAGACACAGCUACUGCCGCAAACGCUACGGCCCCUCCCGGCCCAGACACAGCCACUGCCGCAAACGCUACGGCCCCUCCCGGCCCAGACACAGCCACUGCCGCAAACGCUACGGCCCCUCCCGGCCCAGACACAGCCACUGCCGCAAACGCUACGGCCCCUCCCGGCCCAGACACAGCCACUGCCGCAAACGCUACGGCCCCUCCCGGCCCAGACACAGCCACUGCCGCAAACGCUACGGCCCCUCCCGGCCCAGACACAGCCACUGCCGCAAACGCUACGGCCCCUCCCGGCCCAGACACAGCCACUGCCGCAAACGCUACGGCCCCUCCCGGCCCAGACACAGCCACUGCCGCAAACGCUACGGCCCCUCCCGGCCCAGACACAGCCACUGCCGCAAACGCUACGGCCCCUCCCGGCCCAGACACAGCCACUGCCGCAAACGCUACGGCCCCUCCCGGCCCAGACACAGCCACUGCCGCAAACGCUACGGCCCCUCCCGGCCCAGACACAGCCACUGCCGCAAACGCUACGGCCCCUCCCGGCCCAGACACAGCCACUGCCGCAAACGCUACGGCCCCUCCCGGCCCAGACACAGCCACUGCCGCAAACGCUACGGCCCCUCCCGGCCCAGACACAGCCACUGCCGCAAACGCUACGGCCCCUCCCGGCCCAGACACAGCCACUGCCGCAAACGCUACGGCCCCUCCCGGCCCAGACACAGCUACUGCUACCACAGAGAGUACAACUUCUAACACUGCUACGAGUACACCUAAUUCUGCAGGUCCCAGCACACCUUGCAAAGAGGAUUCCUGUAAGGAUGGUUCUUUGUGUGUUAAUCUGCGUAAUAAAUAUUUUUGCCUGUGUUCAGAAGGAUAUUACUAUAAGUCUUUCAAAUGCAAUAAAGGAAAGAUAUUCCCUGGUACAAUUAAGGUCAAAAUGUCGUACACACCUGAAUUUGAAAAUAAAACCUCUGAGGCGUAUCAGAAUUUAUACACUCAAGUUACUACAUUUUUUAGAGAUACCUUUAACGAUUCUGAUUACGGACAGACUGUAAUUGAUAAAGUAAGCCCAUCCGCUUCAGCAAGAUCUGAAAUGCGUGCUGGUAACCAGGGUGUUGACGUAGCAGUAGUAAACAUUUUUACAGAAAGUACAAAGGAAACUGAGACAUCCAUAUCAGAUACCAUUAGAAAAGCGACUAAUAGCGCCUCAAGUAACUUUUCAGGAUAUGACCCGCAAGAUCGGUGUGAUUACUAUGGUUGUAAAAAACCAAAUGACCAAAAUGACUGUGACAGUGGUUUACUAUGUGAGUGCAAAGAGGGGCUGGCGAGACCAAACCCACAGAUGCCUAUGUGUGUUGCUUCGUGUUCUGAUACGUGCAACGCAGAGCACAAGAGGCAAUGCCUAGUGAGAAACGAGAGUGCUGCCUGCGUGUGCUUGCCAGGCUACAAGGAAGAUGAUCAAAGAACUUGUCAAGCGUGUGCGUUUGGCUACAGUGGAGUCAACUGUGAAGACUCAUUUCAGCUGAUCCUCACGAUCGUGGGCACCAUUGCUGGCGUCCUCAUUCUUGGCAUGCUGACUGCACUCAUCGUCUCAAUGAGGUUAAAGAACAAAGGCAGGGAUGUAGAGGAAGAGACCUUGAUUGAGAAGGACUCACACAAUCUGAGACUCAAGGAGACUGGCUUUAGCAAUCUAGGAGCAGAGGGGAGCAUCUUCCCUAAGGUCAGGGUGAACCUGCCCAGAGACAGCCAGUCACAGAACCCCUACACAAGCCCCUACACCCUACCGGACUAUUAGAAUUUUGUAAGAAUUUGGAUCCAUCUACAGCCCCUCAACCUAACAUAUGAGCUUUUAUUUUGAAUGUUCAAAAGACUGAUGGAGAAGGGAGCAGCCUUGAAGAUCUGGCCUUUGGUACUUCUCUUCCAUCCAACAUCUAGCCUCUCCGAAUGGAAGUUGUGACUAUUUACAAUGAAUACAGCUUGUUUGCUAACUAAGUACCUGUGAAAUUAAAUGCAUAUAGAUACUGUGAGUAUUUGCAAGAUAGUUGAUUUGCUCCAGUCAGGAAAGUGGUUAGUUUUUCUUCCCGGUGGGGCAACAAUAACCAUUUCCUAUCUAGAAGGAAGUUCCCCAGGAUUAUUCACUCCCACAAGAGUCUAGAAUAAUGUUGCUUGGAGUUGAUACACUGCAGAUAAGUGGCCUAAUUUGGGAAGACUCUUACACACCAGCUAUGGAGGUCCCAGGCAAUGGGAGGAGAUACCAUCCUUCAAGGUGCUCAAAUUCAUUCUCUGGCAAGUUAAAACAGAGAUACUACUUCUGUUCCUCAAAUAUAGGGAUUUUAUUUCCCUGCUGGGAGUUUGUGACCUGGCCUCACACCCAGGGGACAGAAAAAGACAUGUCUCUUAGUUUUUGAGGAGCAGUUACUGGCAAUGCAGGACCUUCUUAAUGUCAACUAGAAGGCCUGGACUGGAAAUGUCCCUCGAGCCUUGUGAUACAGAUUCCAGAGGUACUUCACCAAAGCAUCAGCCUUCCCUCAGAGGCUCAGCAGCGGCCACCAACAUACACACAGCCAAGAAUGGGGGCAGUCACCUCGAGCACAGUCUUUCUUUAAUGUUAACAGUAUCCUUGGUUAUGUCUAAUGUCCUGUCUCUGUGCAAGUUAUUUUUUAUUAUUAUUAUUAUUUGUUCUUGACUGUUAACUAUAAAAUAUGACAAAUAAAGUGUCUUUAAUAGA